AUGGCGGUCUCGUACCGCUUCGCGGUGCUGCGCUUCGACGACCGCAACCGCUACGGCCAGGAUGGCGUGCCGGGAACCUUCCUCUUCGCGGGCGGGGAGAGCGUGAUCGUGCGCGUGAAGCCCGCCACGCAGGCAAAGGCGGGCAAGCGCAACCGAUUCGCAAAGGUGGCGGCGCUGUCGUCGUCCAACGAGGGGGAGGCGGCGCUGAUCGAGCUGCUCGGCCCGGUCGGCGAGUACGCCUCCGAGCUCGAAGCCUACCAGCUCCACUUUGGCGUCAAGCCGUGCCGCUACCCGCAAAAGGAGGAGUGGGCGCUGACGGGGCUGCUCGGAGGCGGCGAUGGAGGCUCGCUGCCGCCGUGCGAGGCGUGGCGGCGCGACUGCUCCCACCUGCACGUCGUCUCGGUCGACAACGCCUCGACGCGCGACAUUGACGACGCCCUCUCGAUCGAAGCAUCUGCCGACGGAGGCGUCGCUCGCACGUGGCGUCUCUCGCCUGAGCCUUCGCUGAACCUGCCACGAAGCUUCCCUGCAGGCGUCGAGCUGGGGAUCCACGUGGCGGACGUGGCGGCCCACAUCUCUCCCGCCUCGCCUCUCUUCCGGUGGGCGCUGGAGCGGGCGGGGGCGCACGGACCGCCGCGGCGUGACCGCUUCCGCAGCGGCCAGCCCCUUCCUUCACUGCUUCCAGGCGGGGCGACCACGUACGCCGCGCUUGGCGCCGCCGCCACCCCCGCCCUCGAGGUUGUGCGAGACCUGCUGCGCGCGCUCUCGGGCGCGGCGAGCGAGGCGGAGCCGGAGGACCUCGUCGCGUGGACCAUGAUCGAGUACAACUCGUACUUCGGAGAGCGGCUGGUCGAGGCGGCCGACGCUGCCGCCGGCCCGGCCGGGCUGCUGCGCGAGCCUCCCCCUCCCGGGGGACGCCCCCUCGCGGCCCGCUACCAGCUGGCGAGCCACAAGGGUUCCACCCGAGGGCACGCGUCGCUCGGCCUCGCCGCGUACGCGCACGUGUCGUCGCCGAUCCGGCGGUACGCCGACCUGCACUGCCAGCACGCGCUGCUCGGGUCGCUGCCGGCGGCGGCGGCGGAGGAGGCGCCGAUCGAGGCGCUCAACGAGCGCGCCACGGCGCUCUCUCGCUACCACGCCCACACGUCGGCGAUGGAGCUCGCCUACCGCUGCCGCGAGGCGCCGAUGGUGGAGCUCGAGGUGUGGGGCAUCCUCAAGCGCGGACGCACCCAGCUGCGGGUGCGCGUCCCAAGCAGCGACGCGCCGUCGACGCCGUCCGCCAACGGCGCGGCGUCGGCCCAGGGCCCCGCCGGAGGCGAACUGCUAAACAGUUCAGCUCGCGGCUUUGAUGACUCAGGGUCGGCCCCGGCGACGCCCGCCGGAUCGCUGCCGACGCGCUCUCCGCUCUCCGCCUCUCGGGCUGCGAGCGGCGGGCCGGGCAGCGCCGUCGACGCGAGGAGGAUGGUGGAGGCGGCGUUGGGCGGCGAGGCGGCAGACGACGAGAAGGCGGCGCUCGAGCGGAAGGUGAAGAAGCUGUGCUUCCAGGUCGAUGACAUCGGCAAGCUCAAGGCGAGGCAGGACGCGGGCGAGGUGCUGCAGUCGAACCAGCUGACGAAGCUCGCCAAGGGCGCCGCCGCGCGGGUCGGGCUGGAGGCGCUGCUCUCGCUGCGGGCAGACGAGGCGAGGGCGGCGGAGGAGGCGAGGCACGUGGGCGAGUCGCUCUCCGCGGCGGUGGUGGCGCAUCUGCGGCGGUGCGGCGUAUCGGAGGCGACCGAGCGGCUUCUCGGCGCGUGCUCGGUCGGGCUCGAGGCGCUCACCCUCUGCUCGGCGGCGGAGCUGGCGAACAAGAAGAACAAGAACUAG